UCGCGUGCAGAAUUCCCAAAAAUAAACAACAUUACGAUUCUUGCGUCAGCCCACGGUUAGGGAAGAAGACUUAAAACUACGAUGUUUGUCAAAGUAGGGUUUGGGCCGCUGGUCCAAACCCUCAAGUACCCGUGUGGUAAUUUUCUAACAAACAACCCAUCGACAAAAAAGUGGUUUUUGAAAGGAAAGCUAUUUUUGGAAAAUUUAAUCAAGAGAAGAGUUCAAGAUGGAAAGCUCAUUCAAAACGCAGUCGAAAUCAACAAGAAUGCCUUGGUCCCAGCAAGUAAAUCGCCAUCAACAAUCAGCAGAUUUGCAAGCCGAUAUGCAGUUGCAACUGUCGCACGUGAACUUAGAAAUCGUGCUGCUUUGGAAUUUUCACGAAAUAGACGACCAAUCUUCUCGUUUGUUGCUGUGAUGUUGUCAUCUGCUGCUGCAGAGGAAGACGAUGAAGUGUCUGGCACAAUUCGAAAUGCUUAUGCCAUGAAAGUGAAACAAACAUUUAUCAAUAGUUACAACUUUUCUGCUGCAACUUUCUCUGAUUUCAAAAUUGGACAGAUGAUUGGCCAGGGUUGCAACUCUGCUGUUUAUGAGGCUAAACUAAUUUCAAAUGAAGUAGAAAACAUGCAUGAAACAAAUGUAGACUUGCAUUCUCCAACAGAAGAGCUUUCAGAUGUGGAUUCAAACGAAAGUUUUGAAGUUAUAAUGGAGUCAGAUUACGAUGUUGAAUCAGAAUUUAGCAACAACAUACUGACUACAAAUGAUGUCCAAGCUGAAUUUUUCAAUGCAGAUCUACCAUUUUUCCAAAAUCAAGAGAAAUAUGAUCUGGCUAUCAAAAUGAUGUUCAAUUAUGAUUUUGAAUCCAAUGCUGACACAAUUUUCCAAGGAAUGAUAAAGGAAAUAACACCUGCAAGAUUCUCCCCAGAAAUGGAAGAAGAGUCCUUGUGGUUGGUAAAACAUCGUGUAAAACUUAAAACUUUACCACCGCAUUCAAAUAUUGUGGACAUGCAAGGCAUCUUUGUUGAUCAUGUUCCAAAAAUCGACAACGAUGAGCACAGAUACCCAGCUGCCCUUCCAACCAGAUUAAAUCCAGAGAAUGGACUUGGGAGAAAUAAGACUUUGUUUUUGGUGAUGAAGAAGUAUGAUAUGACAUUGAAGAGUUUUGUUUCUCAAACUGAUGUAAAUCUAAAUACAAGAUGCUCUCUUGUAGCUCAGUUGAUGGAAGGCAUUGCUCACAUGACUGAACAUGGAGUUGCACACAGAGACUUGAAAAGCGAUAACAUUUUGGUUGAUUUGUCCAAUGGAGAACCAAAGCUGGUAAUAAGUGACUUUGGUUGUUGCCUAGCAGAACCCGAAUAUGGGCUGAUGAUUCCAUACAACACAAGCAAUGUUGAUAAAGGGGGAAAUGCUGCAUUAAUGCCUCCUGAAAUUGCACUAGCUGAGCCUGGAAGAAAUGCAUGGCUAGAUUAUAGAAAGUCAGAUAUUUGGACUGCUGGAACCUUGGUGUAUGAAAUAUUUGGAGAGGAAAAUCCCUUCUACAAAGGCCCUUUGAAUAGCAGAACCUAUGAUGAAAAGGACCUUUCACCUCUUCCUAGUCGAGUUCCAUAUGCUUUACAAAAGUUAACAAAGCUGUUACUGAAAAAAGAUCCUUCAUCUAGACCUAACCCAAGAGUUGCAGCAGAUAUUGCACUAAUGGUUACUUUAUUUCCAAAGUGGGUAGAUACUUGUGAAGAAUGUCCAUCAGCGGAGAUGAUUAGAAAGAGCAUUGUUUUACUAGCUGCAUCCAACUUGCUCCAACCAAAUGCCAAGAAAGAUAACUCUUUGGCAAGUUUUCUUCAGAGAGUUGAGAUUUCUUCCCUUUCGAAGUCGCUUGCUUGGUUUCGAAAUAACUGAUAUAGACUGAGGAUUUACAAUACAAAUAACUUUCGACCAUUAAAGAAAAUUUUAUAAAGACUGAAGUGCUAAUAAAAAUUGUUAUAAAAAUUAAGAUAAUAAAAUUGUUUUUCCAUUA